UAUCAAAUCAUGGGUGGAUAAGAUGCAAGAAGACCUUGUCACACUGGCAAAAACAGCAAGUGGAGUCAAUCAGCUUGUUGAUAUUUAUGAGAAAUAUCAAGAUUUGUAUACUGUGGAACCAAAUAAUGCACGCCAGCUGGUAGAAAUUGCAGCCAGGGAUAUUGAGAAACUUCUAAGCAACAGAUCUAAAGCCCUGGUGCGCCUGGCAUUGGAAGCAGAGAAAGUUCAAGCAGCUCACCAGUGGAGGGAAGAUUUUGCAAGCAAUGAAGUUGUCUACUACAAUGCAAAGGAUGAUCUCGAUCCUGAGAAAAAUGACAGUGAGCCAGGCAGCCAGAGGAUAAAACCCGUUUUCAUUGAAGAUGCUAAUUUUGGACGACAAAUAUCUUAUCAGCAUGCAGCAGUCCAUAUUCCUACUGACAUCUAUGAGGGCUCAACAAUUGUGUUAAAUGAACUCAACUGGACAAGUGCCUUAGAUGAAGUUUUCAAAAAAAAUCGAGAGGAAGACCCUUCACUGUUGUGGCAGGUUUUUGGCAGUGCCACUGGCCUGGCUCGAUAUUAUCCAGCUUCACCAUGGGUUGAUAAUAGUAGAACUCCAAACAAGAUUGACCUUUAUGAUGUACGCAGAAGACCAUGGUACAUCCAAGGAGCUGCAUCUCCUAAAGACAUGCUUAUUCUUGUGGAUGUGAGUGGAAGUGUUAGUGGAUUGACACUUAAACUGAUCCGAACAUCUGUCUCCGAAAUGUUAGAAACCCUCUCAGAUGAUGAUUUCGUGAAUGUAGCUUCAUAUGUGGUUCAAGGAGCCGAUAUAGGUUGGUUUAUAUCAAAUAAAGAGCAACAGGAUGGAAUGAUCGUGCCAACAUAUUAUACCUGCAUGGACAGUAUUAGUAAGGUCACAUCUGGUUUGACUCACUCUUCACAGGCAAUCCUGCCUCUUAGAUGGACUGGUAGAACUGCAUAUAAGGAACUUCGCUACUCAGCAUAUGAAAACAGGCCUGAUGAAGGGGAUGGGCCUGAACUGAUCCAGGAACCAGUUCUUAGAAUAUAUUUUUAUAAUGUUUCCAGAGCAAACUGCAAUAAGAUUAUUAUGCUGUUCACGGAUGGAGGAGAAGAGAGAGCCCAGGAGAUAUUUACCAAAUACAAUAAAGAUAAAAAAGUACGUGUAUUCACGUUUUCAGUUGGUCAACACAAUUAUGACAGAGGACCUAUUCAGUGGAUGGCCUGUGAAAACAAAGGUUAUUAUUAUGAAAUUCCUUCCAUUGGUGCAAUAAGAAUCAAUACUCAGGAAUAUUUGGAUGUUUUGGGAAGACCAAUGGUUUUAGCAGGAGACAAAGCUAAGCAAGUCCAAUGGACAAAUGUGUACCUGGAUGCAUUGGAACUGGGACUUGUCAUUACUGGAACUCUUCCGGUCUUCAACAUAACCGGCCAAUUUGAAAAUAAGACAAACUUAAAGAACCAGCUGAUUCUUGGUGUGAUGGGGGUAGAUGUGUCUUUGGAAGAUAUUAAAAGACUGACACCACGUUUUACACUAUGCCCCAAUGGGUAUUACUUUGCAAUCGAUCCUAAUGGUUAUGUUUUAUUACAUCCAAAUCUUCAGCCAAAGAAUCCCAAAUCUCAGGAGCCAGUAACAUUGGAUUUCCUUGAUGCAGAGUUAGAGAAUGAUAUUAAAGUGGAGAUUCGAAAUAAGAUGAUUGAUGGGGAAAGUGGAGAAAAAACAUUCAGAACUCUGGUUAAAUCUCAAGAUGAGAGAUAUAUUGACAAAGGAAACAGGACAUACACAUGGACACCUGUCAAUGGCACAGAUUACAGUUUGGCCUUGGUAUUACCAACCUACAGUUUUUACUAUAUAAAAGCCAAACUAGAAGAGACAAUAACUCAGGCCAGAUCAAAAAAGGGCAAAAUGAAGGAUUCGGAAACCCUGAAGCCAGAUCAUUUUGAAGAAUCUGGCUAUACAUUCAUAGCACCAAGAGAUUACUGCAAUGACCUGAAAAUAUCGGAUAAUAACACUGAAUUUCUUUUAAAUUUCAAUGAGUUUAUUGAUAGAAAAACUCCAAACAAUCCAUCAUGUAACACAGAUUUGAUUAAUAGAGUCUUGCUUGAUGCAGGCUUUACAAAUGAACUUGUCCAAAAUUACUGGAGUAAGCAGAAAAAUAUCAAGGGAGUGAAAGCACGAUUUGUUGUGACUGAUGGUGGGAUUACCAGAGUUUAUCCCAAAGAGGCUGGAGAAAAUUGGCAAGAAAACCCAGAGACAUAUGAGGACAGCUUCUAUAAAAGGAGCCUAGAUAAUGAUAACUAUGUUUUCACUGCUCCCUACUUUAACAAAAGUGGACCUGGUGCCCAUGAAUCGGGCAUUAUGGUAAGCAAAGCUGUAGAAAUAUAUAUUCAAGGGAAACUUCUUAAACCUGCAGUUGUUGGAAUUAAAAUCGAUGUAAAUUCCUGGAUAGAGAAUUUCACCAAAACCUCAAUCAGAGAUCCGUGUGCUGGUCCAGUUUGUGACUGCAAAAGAAACAGUGAUGUAAUGGAUUGUGUAAUUCUGGAUGACGGUGGGUUUCUUUUGAUGGCAAAUCAUGAUGAUUAUACUAAUCAGAUUGGAAGAUUUUUUGGAGAGAUUGAUCCCAGCUUGAUGAGACACCUGGUUAAUAUAUCAGUUUAUGCUUUUAACAAAUCUUAUGAUUAUCAGUCAGUAUGCGAGCCUGGUGCUGCACCAAAACAAGGAGCAGGACAUCGCUCAGCAUAUGUGCCAUCAAUAGCAGACAUAUUACAAAUUGGCUGGUGGGCCACUGCUGCUGCCUGGUCUAUUCUACAGCAGUUUCUCUUGAGUUUGACCUUUCCACGACUCCUUGAGGCAGUUGAGAUGGAGGAUGAUGACUUUACAGCCUCCCUGUCAAAGCAGAGCUGCAUUACUGAACAAACCCAGUAUUUCUUCGAUAACGAUAGUAAAUCAUUCAGUGGUGUAUUAGACUGUGGAAACUGUUCCAGAAUCUUUCAUGGCGAAAAGCUUAUGAACACCAACUUAAUAUUCAUAAUGGUUGAGAGCAAAGGGACAUGUCCCUGUGACACACGACUGCUCAUACAAGCAGAACAGACUUCUGAUGGUCCAAAUCCUUGUGACAUGGUUAAGCAACCCAGAUACCGAAAAGGGCCUGAUGUCUGCUUUGAUAACAAUGUCUUGGAGGAUUAUACUGACUGUGGUGGUGUUUCUGGAUUAAAUCCCUCCCUGUGGUAUAUCUUCGGAAUCCAGUUUCUACUACUUUGGCUGGUAUCUGGCAGCAGACACCGCCUGUUGUGACCUUCUGAAACCAAAUCUGCAUAAUUAAACUCCAGACCCUGCCAGAACAUGAGCCCUCAAUUACAUUAAAGUAGGGUCAGCUAUAAAAUCAGACAGAUAUUACCUGGGCCUAUACCAUGGCAUAACACUAAGGCGCAGACUCCUAAGGCACCCACUGGCUGCAUGUCAGGGUGUCAGAUCCUUAAACGUGUGUGAAUGCUGCAUCAUCUAUGUAUAACAUCAAAGCAAAAUCCUAUACGUGUCCUCUAUUGGAAAAUUUGGGAGUUUGUUGUUGCAUUGUUGGUGAUUACAUGUGAAAGGGUUCCCCAUACAAUUGUUUAUGAAUCAUAAGAAAUGUCUUGAUAUUGACCUGGAAUUUUGACUUGUUGCAGUUUUACUAAGAAAAUCUCUAAGGGGAAAGAAAUUAUUUUUGCCUUCACUUAUUCUUCUGUUAAAACUUAAUUCCUGCUUUGAGUAUAAAUUAUUGAAAUGUAUAGAGAAAGAAUUAACAUUGGUCUAAAUUGUUGAAACACAAAUAAUGGCUAAUUUUCUAUGAAAAAUUUGCCAUGAAUCAAAUGCCUUAUGAAGAAUGGCUUCUUUGCCAAAAAUAAAACACAAUUGAUGACCAAUUAAAUUUUGAUGGAGUAAUGAACUGAUGGUUUGAAAAUAGUACCUAAGAAAUUAUUAAACUAAAGGUGCUUGAGGGAGAAAUUAGAAUAUGUGACAUAUUUCCUUAUAAAUGUAAGCAAGCCCUUAAUAAGUGCUUUGAUGUAAUGUUUCUUUUGUUCACAGUAAUGUAGUGCUAGCCAGAUAUUUAAAAAUGCUCUAAGAAAAGCUUGUUGGGGGGAGGGGGAAAUGUUUUUCUUGUGAUAAAUGAACUUUGGUUUACCAAGGGUAUUUUGCAUGAUGCUGCUGCUAUUUUAACUUUUCAGUUCUUUUUUCUCUUACUGUAGAGUGUAGUCAUUGAAAAGUUAACUGAGUGAUAUUAUUGUUAUGUAAGAAUCUGAACCUUGCAGUGUAAAUGCACUUAAGUCAUCUUUUAAAAUGUUGUUAAACUACUCUGAAUAUACUGUGCAAUGUAAAUGCUGAAUGAUUGGGGUUAGAUAAAUGGUGAAAUGAGAAUUAAUGAAUUUUAUACAGAUUCGUGCUUUCGCCUGAUAACCUAUGUACAGAUAUUUUAAGUACAUAAAUCAGAUUUGACACAUUUAUUUUUUGAAAAGUACAUAUAUGUUCUCAAUGAAGAUUCAUCCUAGGUUUCCUCUUUGUUCGUUUCAAUGGUAGCACAUACAAUCCAAAAGUUCCUGCUACUGCUGCUUUUGCCCUUCCAUUUUAAAUGGUAUGAUCGUUUGACCAAAAUUUCCAUGCAAUUUGAUAAGGGUUUUACAAUAAUCUGAACAAAUAGGAAACCUUGAAUCUCUAUGUAUGCACAUGAAUACUUGAUUGUGAAUAAUAAAAGUUGUUUUUUAUACAGCCUCAUUGGUGAAAAUGGUUAGUGUAGUAAAUCAGAUAUUUCAUUAUAGACUAAUACGGUAGCAGAUUAUUUAUGCUUUUAAAAAUUAUUUUCUGGAGCAAACAGUAUUUGAAGAAAGGGUAAAAACUAUGAAUGUGUAAUUCUAAGAAUAGUUAAUAAUUUUACUGAAGGCUGAACGUAUGUAGAUAUUUUUUAUGAUAAAAUGCAGUUUUUCUUUUUUUGGAACAUGCCAAUUAAAGGUAUGUGUAUAUGCUGGAAAUUUUCUUACAUAUCCUUUUUAAGUCAAAGUUAUUAACAUUAUCCAGCAUGCUUUAAUAUGCUCCACAUAUCAAAGAUAUAACCAAUAAUUUAACGUAGUUUAAAAGAUAAUAUUUGUUUUGUUUUUAGCUUUGCAUACAUUUGUAAUUCCCUCCCACCACCAAUAUACCUUAGGUACCAUUUGUGUACAUUUCUUUAUUUAAGAUUUUUUUUUUCAGUAAAAAGGGGGGAGGGGGAAAUGGAAUCACUUUGCCAACUAUUGUUCUAAGAGUUGACAUCAGUUACCAUUUCUAAUGCAUUGUUGUGAUUUUGUAGUGUCAUUCAUAACUGGUAUUGACAUUUUAGAAAACACCAAAGUGAUUUAAAAUAUAUGUGGAAAAAAACUUCUCACUCUAGUAACAACGUUUAAAUCAUGUUGUUUGUUCAAUAUUUAAAAGUCAUUGUUCAAUUUUUGCUAGACUAUCUUAAAUCAUGAUAGUGUUGGGAAGGGGGUAUCAAAAUAUAAAAUUGUUAGUUUGUGUAUAUAAACAAUGCACAUUAAAACAAUUGAAUUGCUUCCAGCAUACAACAAACUACCUUAAAAUUAUGUUCAAAAUCUAUUAAAUAUAUUUUCAUGGCUAAUGUCGAUUAUAUGUUUUCAUCAAUUACACUGUUAUUGUAUUAAUCGCAGUUAAACUUGGCAUCUCUUGGCAGGAUCCUAUUUGAUUUCUUUUGCCAUCAAAAUAUAUUUAUAUGCAUGAGUUUUGCUAUAAACCUUUAUUUUCUGCUGUAGAGUUAUAUAUUAUUGACAAAUUGACAAAUACAAUUAUAAAUUGGGUAAGAACAAGCUGAUUAAAAAUUGUUCCCAUGACUAAUAUUAGUCUUCAUGCUUUUAGCAUACUUUUCUUUAAGACAGUAACACUCAUCCCAUCAAAUUAUUAUAUUACAUUUAGUAUUUUUCUGUGAGUUAUGUUGACAAGAACUUAAAUUAUAGCCUGUUAUUAAUAUUUAUUUCCAACGACUGAACAGUAUAAAAGAUCAAUAAAAAAAUUUAUACACUGCUUUUACUAUUUAAUUUUUGUUAUCCUCAUGUGGCUUAAUGUAGUUAGUCACUAAAACAGAAUUCAAGUAAGCUUGGCGAUGGUGUUGAGUAACAAGAAAGAAUUUUGCAUUAAUGAUUUCUUUAUAUUUUCCUCAUUUAAACAACCAGCAUUACUGCCAAACACCAACCGUGGUCCAUAUUUGUAACAGGUUUUUAACAUGACAUAGUUAGCAAGUUUGAUUGAAGAGAUUUUUAGGUCCUGGGCCUAUAAGAUUUUAGUAUGAUCUUUUUUCAUGUUUCUAAUGCUUGAGGCAUUACUGCUUAACUUGGGGGAAAAAAAACCAGUGUUGCUGCCAUUUGUAAGUUUUCCUAUAAUAUUCCUUUUAUUAACUUUAAAACUGGCCUUAUGGGGUUCAAAUAGGCAGUAUCCCUUUUAAGUGACCUUUGCAACCCAAGUGUUACUUGCUUAUUUGAUGCUCUCUUGUAUUUUAAAUCUCAUUUAAAUCUCUGUCUGUGACCAACAAAGCUUAAAUUUUGUCUUAAUUUAAAACUCUGGAUCUAUUCCACUGAUCAUGUUAGACGUUAAAAUGUUUAAUGGUAUAGUCUGACCUAGUGAAACAAAAUGGAUGUUGUGACUUUUUUAAAAGAAUAGAAUGGAAUGACUAUUUCACUUGCCCAAAAUUUUAAAUAUUUUUUCAUCUAAACUUGUAUUGUUUCCCAUAGCAGAAUGUUAAUAUUCACAGUAUAUUUCUGUGAAGAGCAAACCAAUACAAUAUAUUGAGUGUUGAAAAAAUUCCAGAUUUUUAAAGAAUUAAACAACCCUUACCAAUAGUUUCAUCUACCUUAUUUCUAGUUCACACAGUUAUCUCAAAGAAAUUCCACUGAAACGAAUGGGAUACUGUCUUGUGUAGAUGCCAAUUCAGUUUAUAAUGUGACCUAGUCAAGCUGUCUUUUUGUUGUGUUGUGUGAGUGUCAGAUCAUGCUUUUAGGAAUACUUUUAUUAAAAUGGUGUGCAUUCAUGCAAAAGGCCAACUGGCUUUUGUGAACAAUAGAUUUUUUCUCCCCUUUAUUUUGUUCUCUUGACACUUUUGUGAAAAUUAUCUAGCCUGAUAAAAACAUUUUGUAAAAAUUUGUAUAAUACUGUUAUAAAAUAUUUAUAAUCCCAGAAAAUGUUGUGUUAAAUCUUGUGCAAAAACAGUAUAUUCAGAAUAAAAGUUUAUCAUUUAAAGUC